AACUGGUCUCACUCCUUUUGCACAAGUAGAGUAUGAUAUGGUAAACUAUAAAAAAAAUACUAUUUACUCAUAGUUAUUUCUUUUCUUUAGUUAUAUUAUGUUAUAUAAUGCAUGGUUAAUAUAAUUAAUACUAUAGAUGGAUGAGGAGAUUGGUGAAGUACCAUAUGCUUCUGAAGUCUGGAUGGCUACACAUGGGUUCUUGGAUGAGCAAGGCCAAACACAAUGGUAUGAUCCAGAAUCAUCAAGGAUAUAUGAAGAGAUGCAAAGGAUUGAGAAACAACCAACAAAUGAUAAUGAGACUGGUCCUGCUCCAGAUGAUGUCUUAAAAGAGGUGUUUGGUGUUAGAUCUGGUAAUGUCCAUAGUAAAGGAUUAGGAUACAAAGCAAGCAUUAGACGAAUGGCAUGUGGUUCUAAAAAUGAGGAAUUAAAUGAAUUAAGAGAUGAGGUAGCAAGGUUGAAUGCUCAUUUGAAGGAACAAGAACAACGCAAUAAUGAGAUAGCACAACUAAAUGCUUGACUCAAGGAACAAGAAGAGCGCAAUUUGGAGUUUUUUGAAAGAUUUGAGAGUGUGAUAGGAUACAAAUCAUCAAAAAGUCAGGAUAUGACAAUAGUAAGUACUUUUUAGAUAUAUUUAAUUUCAUGAAUUGGAAAAACUACUUUUUGAAUGACCUUUUAUUUAAAUAUAUUAUAGGAUUAACA